CUUGCACCUCCAGAUAUUUAUCCAAACAUAAUUGCUAUGGGCUUUCCUGCAGAGAGGCUCGAAGGAGUGUACAGGAACAACAUUGAUGAUGUAGUAAGGUUUUUGGAUUCGAAGCAUAAAAACCAUUACAAGAUAUACAAUCUCUGCUCUGUCAGAGCUUGCUGCGUUUCCCUUGGACAUCCUGACCAAUUCCUCCUCCUCCUUGCAGUUGCACAGUACCCUUUUGAAGACCAUAACCCACCACAGCUGGAGCUCAUCAAACCUUUCUGUGAAGACCUUGACCAGUGGCUGAGUGAAGAUGACAAUCAUGUGGCAGCAAUCCACUGUAAAGCUGGAAAGGGACGAACUGGUGUAAUGAUUUGUGCAUAUUUGUUGCAUCGAGGCAAGUUUUUAAAGGCUCAAGAAGCCCUAGAUUUCUAUGGGGAAGUAAGGACCAGAGACAAGAAGGGAGUGACAAUUCCCAGUCAGAGACGCUACGUGUACUACUAUAGCUACCUGUUAAAGAAUCACCUGGAUUACAGACCAGUGGCUCUGCUGUUUCACAAGAUGAUGUUUGAAACAAUUCCCAUGUUCAGCAGCGGAACUUGCAAUCCUCAGUUUGUGGUGUACCAGCUCAAGGUAAAGAUUUUCACCUCCCCUUCAGGACCCUCAAGACGUGAAGACAAGUACAUGUACUUUGAAUUCCCUCAACCUCUACCAGUGUGUGGUGAUAUCAAAGUGGAAUUCUUCCACAAACAGAACAAGAUGUUGAAAAAGGACAAAAUGUUUCACUUUUGGGUAAAUACAUUCUUCAUAGGACUGGAUGAAAAUUCAGACAAAGUAGAAAAUGGAAGUCUAGUUGCAGGUCAGGAACUUGAUGGCAUUUUCAGUACAGAGCGCUCAGAUAAUGAUAAGGAAUAUUUAAUCCUUACGUUAACAAAAAACGAUCUAGACAAAGCAAAUAAGGACAAAGCCAACAGAUAUUUCUCUCCAAACUUCAAGGUGAAGCUAUUUUUCACAAAAACAGUAGAAGAGCCAUCAAACCCCGAGGCUAGCAGUUCAACUUCUGUAACACCAGAUGUUAGUGACAAUGAACCUGAUCAUUAUAGAUACUCUGACACCACUGACUCUGAUCCAGAGAAUGAACCUUUUGAUGAAGAUCAGCAUACGCAGAUUACAAAAGUCUGAAUAUUUUUUUUAUCGGAGAUAAAAGAGACAAAAAAAACAUACAAAAAAAAAAAUAAACCACCUACAAUGAAGAGUGACAAACUUGAAUAAACUGAAAAGAAAAAAAGAAAAAAAAAAAGGACCUUUCUAAAUGGCAAAAGGACAUAGUGUCAGAUUACCAGUUAUAGGAACAAUUCUUUCCUGACCAAUCUUGUUUUGCCCUAUAAAUCCUACAGGGUUUGACACUUGUCCAGUCGGGGGGAAAAAAAAAAAAAAAAAGGAAGGUUACCUAGCUCUUAUAUGUAUAUACCUUUUUGUGUCAAAAGGACAUUAAAACUUCAAUUAGGAACUAUAAA